GCGGAGAUAGCUGCUAUGGUAACCAUCCCGCUCACCUGCCACCGCCUUAUUCAUAGCCCGAGCUAUCGGUUCUGCGCCGUCGACGCGGCGGCUCCAGUAGAGCUCCACAGCAGCAACAGGUUUCACGGGGCAGCCUUCAAGAUGAUGAACCCCAGUCAUAUACCGCCAGGUCUCGAGUAUCUGGGGAUGAUCGACCAAAUCAUCAUAAAACAGAAAGUCGAACUGCUUGAAGUUUUCACGGGCUUUGAAACUGCCAACAAAUAUGCCAUCCUCAACAGUAUGGGACAAGAUGUGUUUUUUGCUGCUGAAGACAGCGACUGCUGCACGAGAAACUGUUGUGGCUCCAUCCGACCUUUCGGAAUGAAGAUUAUGGACAACACGGGCCGGGAAGUCAUGUUCAUCGACAGGCCGCUUCGCUGCGACACUUGCUGGUUCCCCUGCUGUCUUCAGACGAUGGAGGUGAUGGCGCCCCCGGGAUCUCCCAUCGGCUACCUGGUCCAGGAGUGGAGCAUCCUCUACCCCAAGUUCAGGGUCGAGAACGCGGCCCACGAAACUGUGCUCAGGAUCGAGGGCCCCGCGUGCCGGUGGCGCUGUUGUUCCGACGUCGUUUUCCAAGUGCUCUCUAAAGACGGACUUCAUCAAGUUGGGAAAAUCACCAAACAGUGGUCAGGUCUUCUGAAAGAGGCCUUCACGGACGCCGACAACUUCGGGGUGUCCUUUCCAAUGGAUCUGGACGUCAACAUCAAAGGCGUCCUGGUCGGGGCCGCCUUCCUCAUUGACUUCAUGUUCUUCGAAAAACAAGGCAACCGCGACUCAGACGCCUUGUUUGGAAUGUGUUGAAUAGCGACAGCCACGGUCGAUACAACGGCUCAGUCAUUUUCGUCCCAAAACGAUGAUGCAACAUAUGUCACGGAAUGCCAAUGAAAGUCACAAAAACAGUGCCAACAUAAUUAUUGAACGAUAAAAUACACAAACACUAUUUUUGUUUUUAUUUUUAAUGUUUGUAAUAACGGUAAGUAACAUGAAUCUUACAACAAAAUAAAAAUGUUUUGAAGAUGA